AUGACUCCAGUCGUCCAGCGCAGACCCUUGCAGUACGAGCUGAAGCUUCAUGAUACAUUCGGUUCUCGUCCACUGUUCUGUUUCGAAGCUCGUGAGAUUGUUGGCCUUCUCCCGCAGCGCUACACUUCCAUCUCACCGUCAGUGGCGCGACGAGGUCUUUCGACCACGCCGCGGCCGCGAGACCUUGUCGUGAUCGGCCACGCAUCCAAUGAUGACUGGCUCCGACUUCUGAACCUCGAGCCCAAGUUCAAUGCUCCUUCCGAAUUCCUGGUCUGUGACACAGUGGCAGAUACAUACCUUCUGGCAAUGCAAUCGUGGGGAGAUGAUCUCAGGGAGCGCCUUAUGCCAGCAGGUGUAGGCUCUCUUGCGAGUCACUACCGCAUAGAAGGCGUCGAAACCAAGGUCAUCAAGGACAAGAUAACUUUUGUCGGUGCCCAUGUCGCUGUCCAUGACGGUUUGGUCACAGCGAAGAUCUUCCUGCGGCUUCUCUCCGACUCCCUCAUUAGUACCACUCAUUGGCCUUCAUACGGCGAUGUUGGCUUCCCUCGCGAUGAUGCUCGGCCGUUCGACCUCUCUCGCCCCCUGCCCGUCCUCCGGAACGGAGUUCUCCUCUUCCACGACAGUGAAUUUCGGUCUGAGCCAGGACACAAAUCGCGGCCUGGAUUUGAAACAUGUGUCCCUGAGAUCGGCAUAUGCCUACUGGAUCUUGACGAGGUCGCUGACAUUCCUCCUGGGUCUGGAUUUCGGAACUGGUACCCCUACAUCAAAUGCCACAACGUCUACACCACUACCAUCACUUUCAACG